AGUCAGAGACUCCUUACUAACAGCAAAAGUCUCUUGAUCCCUCCUUUCAGAGAACAUGGAACAGUCAGUUACUAGUUUGCAGAAACAUAUUAUUCAGAAACUCUUCUGUUCUUGGAGAAAAGUUGGAGCAAGGAAAGCAGUCAGGAAUGAAUGUUUCUGUACACCAGUCUUACAGACAAAAUACAUCCCAAUUCAUACUAAAUGCUGGAGAAUUGGUAGCAUCCUUACCACUCAAGAGAAUGUCUCUUAAAAUGCUGGUCCAAACUUCAGCACAUCCAUGAAGGAGAAAGCACACUCACUAAGACAAUUACACCGAAGACAUGGUUAUGCUGGUGGCAAUAUCAGAGGUGCUGUUGCUUCUGGGAUUGGCAGUGGAGUCAGAUUCCCUCUGCACACCCACCAUCUUUUACAAGAACUGCUGGAUCCGACGCUUUCCUGGUCUUCUGAUCGACCUGCAGGAAUCACAGAAGAGAGGAGCCCAGGUGCUGAGGAUUUAUGCAGAAGUCUCCUCCCAGCAGUGCAGUAGAACCUGCUGCCUUCAGAGGAAUGUAUCCUGUAAUCUAGCAGUGUUCUACCAUGGAGCUACUAAUGAAAACAUGAAUUGCUUGCACGUGUCUUGCCCAGCACUGGAAAGUUGCAUACUAAAGGCUAGAAUCAACGUUGUUUUGUACAACAUCACGACAGGGAUUGAUCCAGACCUUCUUAUUUUUGAAAAACUGAAAUUCAAGGGGCCAAGUAUUUACACCUCACCAAAUAAAUAUGUAAGGCAAAACAGCACAAAGACCUCUGAGUGGGAAAGAUGCCAGCAUGGUAAUGUUACGUCAAGUUCUCUUCUACUCCAAGCUCCAUCUUCUACCAUCAGUAACAGCAUAACAGCAAACACUUUCACCUCCAGCACAAGCCUGACGGUUGUAAAAACAAAAGGCAGCACAUAUUCCAGGGAAUCAACUUCUCUGCUGGAUAACCAUUUGGCUAAGAGGACAAACACAACUUCAGGAAGUACUAGACUAUUCACUAGCUCAGACAGAAGGACUGUACACUCAACUUUGAUACCUACAUCUGCAGAGGUGUUAUCCCGCAUGCCCACUCCUCCUCAUCUGAACAGCAGCAAACAACACUUAAAUGAAACCAAAGGCUACGGUGGCAGGAAUUAUACUUCAGAUAAUGAAGCUCCUGCUUGGGAACCUGCAGCUCUGAGUGUCUGGCUGAUUCCUGUUGCUCUCUGCUCUUAUCUCAUCUUCCUUUGCUUUUGUACUGUGGCUCCUGGAGCAGGGUGCUGCAGAAGUAGGAAAGGUCACUAUCAACCCAUACGGAGAGGAAGAACAAUGUCUAGGCAAAUAAAAUACAUUACUGUCCAAGGUAGCUUGUAAAAUACAGUCACCACCCUUGUUGUGGAACAAACAGCCUUUUUAAAGUGAAUCACAUUUUCUGGCCUAAUUCUUUUACAGAACAAAGAGUAAGUUUCAGAAUCAUUCAGCUGUAAUUUCGUUCUCACCAAUUAAACAUAUUUCCACGGUCUCUUUGGGUAAGAACUGCACACUAACAGGUCUCACUACAUGUUCAAAUCUGUUUGAGCGUAUUUUGGUACACGAUCUGACUCAGAAUAACACCAAACAAAAACAAUACACUUACCCUAAUUUAAGGGAGCAGAUUCACUGCAUCUUUACAUGAUCUCUGCCCUGACUUUGACCAGCCUUAGAGAAUAUAAAAUGCAAUCAGUAAAAGUGAUUUAAAUUUUAUAAUAUCAUAAAAGAUUUAAUUGUAGCAAUUAUUUAAUUGCCCCAGAUCUAGUUGUUUCUGUAAAAAUUGUAUUCAUUUUUUUCCUAUUAAAUUCUAGAUUGUUUUUUACUAUAUACCCCUAGUACAAGAACAAAACAAUUUAACCAGCACUCUUUACGUCUUCAAGGAAAAAUACCUAUUGAAAAAGUAAGUCCCCAAAACUACUUAAUUCCAUUAACUCAAACAUCUGAUCAUCCAAUUAUUUAUGCUUUGUUUUCACCCCAAUUUUCUGACAAUUACUUCAAAUGCUUUUGAAGCCCUCCUAGACUAGUACCACUACCUCUUAGUACCAUUAGAUUUUUCCUGUUUUUUAAACUUAAUUACUGUGUGAUGCACUGACAGAUUCACUCUACUACUGGCUAAGGAAAGCACAAAUGCAACCACAAAUUGUUCAUGAAUUGCAAUUAUGGUCAAUUUGUACUAUCCACCUUGACUUGCUUUAUUGUGCCCACACAUAUUUAUCACUUACUUCAUUUGGUUUUUUUUUUAAUACAGACACUUAAUGUAUGUUGCACAGAAAUGUACAAAAGAUUUUGAAAGCUUUAGAAGUUAGUGUUUAGUAAUUAAAAACAAGCUUUUUUUGUUUCUUCAUCCUGUAUACUCUCUUCAUAAAACUGCUACUCCUGAAGAUAAAUCAAAUGACUACAGCAACAAGAUGUUUCCUUGACUAACAUUGCUCAGGAAGUUUGCUUAGCAAAGCAAACAUUUUCAGCAGUAAUCAGGAUUGUUCUUUCUCUUUUAAAUUUGUUGAUGUCUCAGAGUUUCUCACUUUAUUCACUAGCUGUAAGAAAUACCUAUUUCCUAGAUGAGUGUAACUGUUAUUAAAGGAAACGAACAACAAUAAAAUUGAUUGUCAUAUGUCUAUGUAGAAAA